AUGGACUCCUUGCAGGCUCUAGCAAUGACAGAGUCGACUAGUAGCAGCAGCGCCAGAAAGAGACAGCGCGAGAUCCGCGAUGCCGUGCUGCCUUGUUUGGGCCACGCCGGCACGAACGCUGGUCACGUUGACCGAACGCUUCAGCGUUUGCACCAGGCCGGGAUCGUGGAGAAGCCUCCAAGCAAAGGUUCGGUGCGACAUCGUGACUACCGCAUCCGAAAGGACUGGCUACAAGAAACAACAAUGACAGCGACACUGCCCCUCACUGAUGAUCGGGAGCACCAGUGGCCAGUGGUGGAUGUCUUGAAGGCCACCGAGGCCAUGGCUGAAGCGAACCCCGCUUACGGAAAAAAGCUACUGGAAGCGGUUUUCCGCGUUGGUCAGGAGACCAGCAUAAUAUUAUACUGCGAUGAGGCCACGCCUGGAAAUCCCCUAGCCCCAUGCGUGCAGCGCAAGGCGUACUUGUUCUACAUUGGCUACAAAUGUAUGAGGCCCAGGCCUGGUUCCUGGACCACUGUGGCUGCGCUGCCUUCCAACCUCUUGAUUGAUGUCAUAGGCGGCGUCGCUGGUGCAACCACAGUUUUGCUACGAGCCCUGACGCCUUGCUGGAACGGUCGCACACUGCUGAUAGCAGGCCAGCGUAUAUUUUGCAAGCUGCGCCUGGAGGCUUUUUCUGGAGAUGAAGCUGGUCUAGCAGCGUGCCUGGCUGCAAAAGGGGCAUCCGGUAGACGACCGUGUUGGCUGUGCUCCAACCUCAUCUCGAAGCUAUGCCGUGAUCAGUUGCUUGAGAGGGGGCAGGCAAAUGUGCUGAACAAGUUCGUGACCAUUGACGAAGCUGCGCUCUCGAAGAUCUCAGCAAAAAUCUGGGAUGGAGACACGAACCGCGAGGAGCCCUGGCACAGCCAGAACUGCGAAGUUUGUAUGCUGCUGCAGGCCUUCAACCAGCAAGGACUGAGCAACCAGGCCCUGCAGGAGCAGCUGAGCGCUCCACUGGAGUUUCUGCACAACCGCCCAAAGUUGAGAACUCUGGACAAGAACUUCUUUUCAGAAAAAUUAUGGAAAGCAGAUGGGCAGGAUCAAGUGGCCAUGAUGCCACUGCUUCAUUUUUACAUCGUCUCCGUCCUCGAUGUUGCCAUCAAAGACAAGCUCUCUGAGCAAGUACACUGCUUCCAGCUGCUGUGCAAGCGGGUUUUUUAUCUGGAAGCGCUUCGCAUGAGCAGGGACAGUGCACUACUUCCCUUGCUGGAGUCAGCGGAGAAAGAACACCACGAGGCAUUUGCGACUGUGUGGGGCCUCGCAGAAAUGAGACCGAAGCAUCACUACAGCCGACAUCAGGUGCAGCAGUUUCGCCAACAUGACGAGAUUAUAGACACCAUGAACACUGAGCGAAGACAUCAGAUCUACAAGACACUCUGCAACAACAAAAUCAAAGAUGUCAGGCACUUGGAGUGGGCUGUACUUGCUGGCUCCUUCUUUAACGAAAAGGAAGUCUUGGAGGCUGCGACAUGGAAUCUGUGCGUCACGACAGUGGAAAAUGGUCGAAAGGCUGCUGUGUGUGCCUGGCGUCGAUACAUCGUGGGCAAUCCUAUCGUUGUGUCAAACCUGGAGACGUGUGGGGUUAUUGAAGACGUGCAGCAAACAGAAGCAGGAACCCUCUUGGUGCUCGCGAUGUACAACCUGGCUGCAGUGAUCGACACAGGAAUCAUGCAGUGGACGCGCAGUGAUGUACAAAGAAGCCUCGAGAUUGCGGAGGACCAGAGAAACGUCCUCCUGCCUGCGUGCUGGAAGUUCGCCGGGCCGUCGCUACUGACGUUGUGGUGA